AUGCCCUCCGAACCUACCAAGCCCUCUAAUGCGGGUAUCAUCACGGAUGAUGCCGGCGAACGCCAGAUACCCGAGUCGAAGCGAGCAGACGGCAGCGUCCGCAAAGCCAUCAAAGUGCGCCCCGGCUACCGCCCUCCUGAAGAUGUCGAAGUCUACAAGAACCGCACUGCCGCUGGGUUCCGCGAUCGCGCGACAAGAGGUGGAAUUCCCGGAGCGACAGGCCUGAAGGAAGAGAAGCCCGACGCCUCCUCUGCCGCGAGUAAUAAGAAUGCAAAGCGUCGAGAAGCGCGGAAGAAAGCCAAAGCCUCCGGCGAGGAGGAAGGAGACGAUACGAAGCAGAUCGGUGGCGACGGUAACGCUGCUAAGGCCGAAGAGGUUGACCCUGAAGUCGAGAGAGAAAAGAAGGCUCGGAAUCUUAGAAAGAAGCUGAAGCAGGCAAAGGACCUCAAGGAUAAGAAGGAAGGCGGGGGGACGCUUCUGCCAGAGCAGAUCGCCAAGGUCAUCAAAAUCAACGAGCUUGUUCGCGAACUGGAUGCUUUGGGUUUCGAUGCCGAAGGAGAGCCCAAAACUGCCAAUGGGGCUGACGGGGAGUCCAAUGCGAAGGAUUAA